CAUGACUAGCGGAAUUUAGAAAUAAACCAUAUUUGCUAACUGCGUUUCGUUUCCCAACCUGUGGAGAGAGGGCCAGAGAGAGAGAGAGAGGAAUAUGGUUAGCUGAUUGAGGGAAGUGAGCUGGCUCCUCCCUUAUCUAGGAGAGAUGUUUAAGCUUAGGAGAUAAUUGAAAAAUCGAAAAAGCUGCGAGAGAAAGCAAUCAAACAGAACCAGUCCAACCGAACAGAGCAAUCAGCCCCUCUUCUCUCUUUUUUUUUUCUACUUUUAGAUCUAAGAUCCAUCCCAAAGUCUUCUUUGCAAUACUUCUCUCACGGAUAUCCCCUCGAAUCUUGAUUUCUCGGAUGCGGGAUUCAGAACAAUGGAUCCCAACAGAGCAGCCGCAUCGACGGCAAGCUCGGGGAGACCGAGGGACGGCGUCGGGCAUCCCCCCGAUUUCCCGGCCGGCCUCCGGGUCCUGGUCGUCGACGACGAUCCCACCUGCCUGAAAAUCCUCGAUAGAAUGCUCCGCAAAUGCCUCUACGACGUGACAACUUGCUCGCGGGCGGCGGUGGCGCUGGCGAUGCUGCGGGAGAGGAAGGGAGCGUUCGAUCUGGUCCUGAGUGAUGUGUACAUGCCGGACAUGGAUGGUUUCAAGCUUCUCGAGCACAUCGGGUUGGAGAUGGAUCUUCCUGUGAUCAUGAUGUCGGCCGACGACGGGAGGGAUGUUGUCAUGAAGGGAGUCACUCAUGGUGCCUGCGAUUACCUCAUAAAGCCCGUGAGGAUGGAAGCGCUGAGGAAUAUAUGGCAGCAUGUGGUGAGAAAGAGGAGGAAUGAGUUGAAGGAGUUGGAGCACUCGGGAAGUGCGGAGGAGAAUGACAAGCAGAAAAGAGCUUUGGAUGAUGGGGAUAAUGCAUCUUCGGCAAGCGAGGUGAGUUGGAAGAAUGUGAAGAGAAGGAAGGAUGGGAAGGAGGAGGAGGAGGAGAUUGAGGAGCGCGAAGAUCCUUCGACGCUGAAGAAACCGAGGGUGGUUUGGUCUGUUGAUCUCCACCAGCAAUUUGUGGCUGCCGUGAACCAAUUGCAUGUAGACAAGGCCGUUCCAAAAAAAAUCCUUGAGUUGAUGAAUGUUCCUGGACUUACUAGAGAAAACGUUGCGAGCCACCUGCAGAAAUACCGAUUGUAUUUGAGGAGACUAAAUGUACCACAAAAUCAGGCCAGACUUGAUACACCAUAUACAGGUGCUUCAGAAGCAACAUUUCAUUCAGUUGGUUCAUUUGAUGGGCUUGAUAUUCAAUCUCUUGCUGUUGCUGGUCAGUUUCCACCACAAAGUCUUAUGGCUCUAAAUUCCGAGCCCAGAAGAAUUACAACUACUGGCAUAGGCCUGUCCUCUGUUGAUCAAAUAGGUUUCAAUCCUAGCGCACAAAUGGCUAAUGCUUCCAAUAUAAGGCCUGCAAUGAUGCAACAGAUGAGCAAUAAGCAAUUGAACUUCCUUUCUGGACCCUCCAGCAGUAUGGAGUCAGGGCUGCUUGGUCAGUCACAACAACCGGUCCCAUCAUAUGGAAAUAUGGGACUGCGAGUCAGUGAUGGUGCAUCAGGUUUUUUUAGCCUACCAUCUUCACAAAGAACAAGCACCUCAUUUUCAGGAGGCACCAUCAAUGCAAACAUGACUAACUCUUUAGUUAUGCAAAUGACUCGGCAAGGACAGCAAUUUUCUCUAUCUCAGCAACAGAAUCGAAUACACAUAAAUAUGCCCCAACAGCCACAAACAAGGGGACAACUACCAAACGCAAUUGCAGCUGAACACGAUUCGAGGCUUUCAACAACCAUGGGGCAUCAAAUUCUUUCGAAUGAGGUUUCACGUCAUGGCUCAGGAAGAUGUGGGAGUAAUAUGAAUGUGUGCACAUCAUUGCCUGAAGGCUACAUGAAUGCUUCUUCAUAUGGUGCAGUUUCUCAAGCUUUAUAUGCUGAUUUUUCUAAUAGCUGCAUGAAUGAAUCAACCGGAAGUAGCUAUCCUCUUGCAACAGGAGCAGGAGCAACCACUUUCACAUCAACUGGCAUGCUUCAAGAUGCUUUUCCCCCAGUGGGAAAUGUUGAAGCAUUGGGUAAUUCCACCAGCCUAAAAGGAGUGGACUUUGUUCCAGAUUAUGAUCUCCUUAGUGAAGUUCAUCAAAGUAAAAGCCGAGACUGGAAGUUACAGAAUAUAAAUAUUUCUUAUCAAUUAGCCCAACAACUUGGCUCCAAGCAAAGCAAUAUUGACUUUGGUUCUUCACUCUUGGCUCAUCAAGAUCCAAUAGCAACUAUAAAAGAUGAGAGUAGUAGGAAUACAUGCAUUGUUAGGAAGGAGACAUUUUCAGUAAGAACAGAUAUUGAACGUGAGAAAGGAGAGUGCAUUGCUCAAUGCAACAGUACCAUUCUUGUUGAAAACUCUGUCAGAGUAAAGGCUGAGGGCAUGUCAGAUCUAAGUUAUCAAGGUGGGCUUUUUGAUGGCAAUAUUAUACAAAAUGAGCUAAUGGAUGUCGUGGGGAAGAAGCAGGAAGGGAUUGGACAGGUUGAUCCAGAGUUUAAUUUUGAUGGAUAUUCCUUGGAUGAUAUUCAGGUGUAGCUCACUGGCUUUCUCCAAUGAUGCGAAUUGUUUGUCACAGUCAAGGUAUGGAAAAAAAUCCAGAACCUGUCUCAUGGCAGCUCUCUCUCUCUCUCCCUCACAGGGAGCUGUCCAGAAAAGAUAAUGUGAAGUAGAUCAAAGUCCUGGAGCUGCUGAAUUUACUCACAGUGGCAUUAAAUGUGAAGAAUAGGAUGUGGAAAGAUAAUGGCUGGUAUGCAAAGGCAUACCUGAAAAGUUUUGAACUUUUGCUCGUGCUAACAAGACAGACCUCGUUUAAUGGAGGAUGUGAAUUGUGUGGUUGUGGUGUGAUCGAGUUGUUUGACCCUGGGUAAUAGAAGCCUUCAAAUACUCUUUUCAAUAUUUGAGGGGAGAAUUUCCUAAUUCCAUUAGCUGUUUGUUGCUUUUAGAAUUACAAUUAUCAUGUACAGUUUUGUACUGAUUCAUGAACGCGUACCUUUAUUUAAUUGUUCAUUUGGAAGGUUGCAUCAUCUCUUUUCUCUU